AUGGCCGAUACAGGCCCCUCUUCACAGACGGGAGGAUUGCCCGCUGUCCCGCAAUCAGUGAACGAAACCCCUGCCUCUACCAAUGAGAUCUUUCGCCUCAAAUACUACGGCAGUGACGACAGUAGUGACGACACUGAGGACACUCAGGACGCCACUGUCCCGCAACCUGUGAACCAAACCCCUGCCUCUAUCAAUUCGCUCUCAGAGAUCUUUGGCUCCAUCAAUCCUCCUAUCGCCACUGACGACGCCACUUCGUCGCUCCCGCCACGAAGCAAAGCUCCCGCGCGUGCCGGCUCUACACAACGCAAAGGCAAAGCUCCCGCAAUCCCUCCCCCCUCGCAAUCUUCUGUGGACAACGCGUACCCCUUUGGUCUCGGCCAUCCCGCGAAUGGGAGUCUCAGAGGCCCUCUGCGGUUGGUCCCGUUCGACCUCGCGAUCCCCCACCACUAUCCCAACGGUUUCACGAUCAAUCCAUACAGCAAUGUGGGCCAACUUUUUAUGGGUUCACUCUGGACCAAAUGCUAUCCCAUUAUCCCAGACGGACCUGUAUUCCAGAACAACCACUUUCUCCGUUAUCUCCGUCAAUUCUAUGUUGAUCCGACUGUUGUAUACCCUACUAGCUGGGAGACGAACGUGGACUUCUCCCAGACUUCUUUCUAUAUCCCUCUGGGAAAGGAGUUCACGGAUUUGGAGAUUGUGCAAUCUGUCCGGGAACAUGCCGCCGAAGAGCAACGUCUGGAGCUUUCAUCCCAGGCUACAUCCCUGAUAUCGAGCCUGAUAUCAAGGAAGCUUGGCGGCAUAAAGCCAGAUGUCUGUCUAACAGGGUAUCACAUUGGACAUCUCGCGGAAGGGACGUAUCGAAGAGAGCCCGCGGGCGGCGGAGAUCUGAGAAUUGCCGACCGCCCCCAAAAAGUCCUCUACGCUCUCAUCGGGGCCAAGUGGUUACGUUGGCCAGAAGAAAGUACGCUCGAUCUACAAGGGAAAAUUGAUUUACACCUCAAAGGCCUCCAAUUCGCAAACAUGGAGGCUAUCACUCAGACGAUUUACUACAGCCUACUUGGUUUUGACCUCUCAAAGUGUCGUUCGGCUAUUGCAUGGGUCAACGGGGAUUACACUCGUAUCCUGAACUUGUCUGGUCUGGUGCCAGGAGGGAAAGAGGCAGUUUUGGAAGGCGUGACUCUGGGAGGAGGCGGUGGCCGGAGAUCCUUGGUCGAAAGCGAUCCAGCUGUUGUCGCCAAGUUGAGGUACCGCAAAUACCAUUGCCUGUCCCCAAAUCAAUUUGUCACCCUUGCGGCAGGAGAUCCUAUGUCUGGUACCCAGUGUAAAGAACCGAAUUCCCUUAUCGCAAAUUACGAGGAUUGGAGCUUGGAUCAAGAGGCUAAGGAUCGCCUCGAUGCAACUGUAUACCUGUACCUCGCCCUCGCUACUCACCAUCCGGAGGCCAUCCCAGAUCCUCCCAUCAGCAACCAUUCCCUUACGCACGUCAUCAACGCGAACACCUCUGAGAAAGAGGCAUAUCAGUGGCUCCAUGUCAGCAAAACAAAUGAGAGUACGCCGCCCAGAGAACGACAGUGGACCGGGGGAUGA